UUCAGUCAUCGGUUUUUUUCCAUCUCUGCUGCUCUCCAUUUUGUUUUCCACGGCGGAAUUUUUUUGCUACAUAAAGUUAAAUUUUUACACCAAUUACCCGACCGUUUUUGUAAAUUUAAGUGUUUCAAAUUUAUCUUCGCAUAAUGGGACGCAAGAAGAAGAAGGCCUCCAAACCCUGGUGCUGGUACUGCAACCGAGAGUUCGAUGAUGAGAAAAUUCUGGUACAGCACCAGAAGGCAAAGCACUUUAAGUGCCACAUCUGCCACAAGAAGUUGUACACCGGACCGGGGCUCUCCAUCCAUUGUAUGCAGGUGCACAAGGAGACAGUGGAUAAGGUCCCCAACUCCCUGCCAAAUCGCUCAAACAUUGAAAUAGAAAUCUUCGGCAUGGACGGCAUUCCCGCCGAGGAUCUCAGGGAUCACGAACGCCAAAAGAACGGUGGCAAGUCAGAUUCAGACGAUGAUGAGCCGGUGGCCAAGAAAAAAGUGGAAUAUGCCAUGAGCGUACCGCCCCCUAUGAUGAUGCCACCGAAUAUGAUGCCGCCGCACAUGCUGGGCCAAUACGGCAUGGGCAUGAUGCAACACAUGCCGCCGCUGCCUCCGUACCCAGUACCUAUGAUGCCGCACAUGAUGCCGCCGCGUCCUCUGUUCCCGGCUGCCCUGGCCACCACAUCGGCUGCGGCUGCUGCGGCAGCGGCCCAUCACCACCACGCAGCCGCCAUGGCCCAGCAAAAGCCAACAUUUCCAGCUUACAGUAAUGCAACCAUAAGUGCUCCGCCCACCACCAAUCACGCUGGUGGUGCAUCUAGUGCGCCACCAAGUGGUCCGCCAGAUGCCCAGCAACACCAGCAGCGUCCACCGGCUCCGCCCGCAGCAGGCGGUGCUGCCGCCGCUGCUGUGACGACCAAGAUCAUGCACCCGCAGGAGGACCUCAGCCUGGAAGAGUUGCGUGCUCGGCAACCGAAAAUACAGGCACGUCUGGCUGCCGCUUUGGCAGCCCUGGCGAAUCCACAAAGCCGUAAGAGUCCCAGCAACAAUGGCGGCGCUUCUUCGUCAAUGCCCGCCACUCCGCCGCCUCCGUCACUGGCCGGGAUUUCGCCGACGGGCAGCAAUAGCAGCAGUGGCAUGGCUAACGCGAUUGCCGUCUCCACAGCCAUGUCGAAGGCCCAGGAAACCGCCGCUUUUGUAGCCGUGGCUCAGGCGCACGUCCACGCUGCCCAGGCUCAGGCCCAAGCUCAGGCCCAAGCUCAGGCCCAGGCCGUGGUCCAAGCCCAGGUGCAGGCGGCCCAGGUGGCCCACGCUGUGGCGGCCCAGCAGCAGGCAGUGGCACAGCAGCAACAGGCGGCAGUGCAGCAGCAGCAACAGGCAGCAGUGCAGCAGCAGCAACAGCAACAGGCCGUGGUGCAGCAACAACAGCAGCAGGCGGCGGCGGCUCAGCAGCAGCAGGUCAAGCAACUUGAGGAACUGAAUCGGGCCGUUAUGAUCCAGCGCUUACAGGCUGCCCGGCAGCCGGCGAAUCCUGGCGCUGCGGCAGCGGCUGCGGCGGCAGCAGCCGUCGGCAUGAUGCCGUUACCUGGCCACAUGCAGCUGAUGCAGCCGAUGCUGAGACCGAUGGCGAUUGGUCCCCAUGGAGCGCUCAUUGGCGGGAAUAUGCUAAGAGCAGCUGGUGCCCCUGGACUACACGGUAUGCCGGCAGGUUUACUGCCCAUGCAGGCGAUCGGACUACCGGGGAUGCCAGGUGCCUUGCCAGCUGGGGCGAUGGCUAUGCCGGGAAUGGGCGUGAUGCUGCAAGGACAUCCAAACAUGCUGCAGAUGAUGCAGCCGCGCUUCAGAUGAUGUCUGCCCGCAGCGCCGGGUCUGUUGCAGGCUCCAGCAGCCCAGCCGCCAACGCACCUGCAACCACAUCCACAGCACGUGCAGCCAUCGCGGCCGUUCUCGCGGACCACCGCCACCGCCGCUCUGCAGGCUCAGCCGCCGCUUUUGAGCUUGCCGCUGCCACUGCUUUUUCACGAGUGAGGCAAGGAUCAUGCUUAUAGAUUGCAAGCGGCAAACAUCGCGCACUCAGCAAGCAAGUUGUUUUGAAAACUCAAACCAAAGUCAAGUUCUUUUUCAAUGUAUAACAGUUUUUGAGACAAAACACCCUCAACACACACAAACCAACACACACACACAAAAACUUCUCGGCCACACGCUACCCACUAAUCAGCGGUUAUGCCUAGUAAACCAGUCGAUGUCAUAUACUAUAUAUUUCGUUCAUAUAAUGCACUCCAUUCUAGCUUUUGUUCCUAUCCAAAUUGUUUCAAUUUCCUAAUCUGAUCUUCUCGAUGUGCGUGCAUAAAUACAUCUUUUAGAUAUACUUUUUCGUGAUCUUUGUAUAACACAAUGUACUCCACUGCUAACCCACAAACACUAACACAAACCAUCUGAAGCUACUUUGCUGUGCUGUAGAUCUCUAUCUUUUAUCUGUAUCUAUAUUUGUAUAAUCAGCAAUUAAUCGUUGACACUAAAUCUAUACACACUUCUGUUUUUUAACAUUCUCUUUCUUUUUUUUAGUUUCAUUUAGUGAGCAUAUAUUUUAAACACACCCACACACACACUCAAGUUGUUUAAUUAUAUCUUCUCCAAAAACAAAUGAAAUCCGAAAAGAAAAGAAAAUCCUCGGAAUCACACAAAAAUCAAAUCCAAAAAAAAAAACCUGAACGCUCAAAGCUCUCGGUAUGUUGACAAUUGCCAUAUGCAGCAUUUUUGUGUUGUUUUUGUGUUAUUCGUGCGUAAUUUAUACUUUCGAUUCUUUCUGUCCAUGUGAAAUGCUCUGCAAACUGUUACACUGUUAAACAAUUCAUACCACUUAUGUUCAGGCCCCAUGUUGUCUAGACCUUCGUUCAUUCGUUCAGUUGCGGCUGACAAAAAGUAAGUCCUAUCUUUCUUUACAUAGUAUAUUUAACGAUAUACAAACAUAUUUAUAAAUAUUUCAAUUCUCAAUAUUUCUUUGUAUCGUUUCGGUUCCUUUGGUAUGUAAUAUAUAUUUGGUGUGUGUCAUCGCGAGACAACAGAUCAGAGCAGGUAUCUACAUACAAAUUGUUUUCCUUUUUAAUUACUAUAUAUGCAUAUGAAAUACUAUCUAUUCUAAGUCAUUUGGUUAUGGUAUGGUUGGUACUAAACAGCAACAACAUCUAAGCAAAAAAUUAUUAAACAAUAUAUCCAUCCCCAAUCGAACCGCUACAUAGCUUAUAGAGUUACCUAUAGGACACAUCUAGUUAGGAAUUUCUCACAUGUUAGUAGUACACUCGAUACAUUGUUUCGGGAUUGAUCUUAAUGGUUUUGUUUUGUUGUUACCGUAGCAUUCUUCCAAAGUUCCCAGUUAACUAGCUUCCUUUCCACAACUUCAACUAGUUUUUGAACUAAUAAAAAUAAUAAUACUCGAGAGCUCCACCCAUCUAAGAGACGCUCAGGCUUUUGUUAAUCCGAUGGUAAUCAUAUAACCGUUUUUAGAUAGCAUAAGUAGUCGGUUGACAGUUGAAGAGUACUAGUCGUAUACCCAUUUGUUUAGUUAUGUUUCUGGAAAGCAGCAUGAAUCAGAUUGUUCUCCAUGACCCGAGAUCGUAAAAUACUCCCCAUACUCGACCCAGUGUAGCCCAGGGUAGUUAAACUUAGCACUCAGAUCCCUGGAUAGCACCACACGCAUCACCUAACUCAACUAACACCCACUCCUGUUUGAGUAUACCUAUAGUACACACUCGUAACCCAACCAUUUAACCAUAUAUCUAUGUAUAAAUACAUGUAUUAAUGUAACUAUACCGUGUAAUUUAAUCAUAAGCAAUGACAAGUGAAAAACUGCCCAAGGAGACGCGAUUGAAUCCGAAUAAUCCCCUCGCUCGGGCCAGUUUAGCGCAAAAUUGAUGUUGGACUUUUGGGUCUGGCAAAUUCGCCGCACCGUCAUCGGGAUAUCGCCGGCCAUAUCCAAUUUCGUUGGCCCGGUUCGAUAGUCCUGCGGUGUUAGAACGGCGUGCUUCAGACGAGAGUACCUCAAUGCAAGUCAGACAAUUCCAGAUUCGGUGGCAAUACUACUCCUAUACGAUUCACACACUCCUCGACUAAAAUCGCAUCUGUACACAGUCGUUAUAAUCGUAGAAUAAAUUCUCUCUUUCUCUGGACUUUGUAAAUAUUUGAUGGACGCAUUUCAUUUCGUAGAGUUGCUAUUUUCCUUUCACUUGUCUUUAGUUUCUGUCGGGAAUGCAAACUAAAUCAAAAUUUUUUUAAACAAUUCUUUUUAGACUUUACAAUAAUUUUAAAAAAUUUUUUAAAAUACACAAAAAAAAAGUAAAAUAAGAGUUAAAAUUUAUCAGUCUUUGAUUUGCUGUUUUAAAAUACAUUUUUUUUUUAAAUUUAAAGCUGUGUUAAUUGAGUGUCAAGUUAUUAUAUAUUGUUAUUUUUUUUAAAAAGCUUUAGUUAUGCUUGCAUUUCCCGUCUGUAGUCUAUUUUUGGUAUUCUUAUUUGGUGGUGGUCAUACAAAAUUUUUCCAAAUUGUUGCUUUUUACUUUUUGAUUACAAAUAAAUAUCUUACUGUAAGACUCUAUCCAUACAAUGCACGCGUUCGUUUGAAAAGAGUAAUACAGCUUAAAGGCUACAAGUUUUGUAAACAUUUAAUGGGCUUUAGGUGUUUUGCGAAAAGAAAUGAAAACUAUGAACUAAGAAUUACAAUUUAGUCCACCAAUCUGUCUGACUUUGCGCUGGGCGACACGCGAGUAGCUGGACAAAUGGCAGUCACUGUAAUACUAAACCCCACACACAACCGAUCCAAAAGCGUAAACGUCUGCUGCAUUCAGUCGAAAGCGUGUCACAUUAAUUUUGCUGAGCGAAAAGUCCCCUGCGUCCGUGCUCCCCCCUUCUAUCUAUAUAUCUAUAAAUAAGUGGUAUAUGUCUAUCUUUGGAUUAUGUUUUGCAUGCCCAGAAGAGUAUGCCUUCCGACCACAAGUACAAGUUCAAACCGGACGCAGGCGAUGUGCCGGAGUUUAGUCAGGAAUUAUACGGCUUUGUCCAGUAUAUUCGCAAACCUGAGACGAAGGCACAUCAUAGUUAUUGAGCUAACUGUUGGACUUUUCGGUCCUUGUCAUGCGACUAUUCAAUCGUUGUUACCACACGCAUAACACCACUACUAUAACUUUUGAUAUCAGUCGAAUCGCGCAUUGCAAACGCGUCUUGAACAAUCCACACAAUCCGGCGGCAAAUUCACCAACCACAUCGACCACACCAUUUCUCAGCAUCCGAAUGAAGAUGGAUCCGAAAGAGAUUUACUAUAAAGUUUGUUUACACAUUUUGUUCAGUGUUAAUUUACUCAUUUUUUUAAUGGAAAAAUAAUUCAUAAUGCUUUGAUAGUUGCAACUACCUUUUGGGAAAGUGUUUCAAGAUCGAACAACUUUAAAACUAAUGAUGAACGAUAAGAAUUUGUUUUGCCAAAGAUCUUUGAAGCUUUCGACCAAAGAUUUUUUAAAAUUAAUCUUUGAAUAAAAAUAAAUGUUUACCAUGUUUAUAUUUUUCAUAAGCUUUAAACCAUUUUUGUUGCAUUUACUCUUAACUGAAGCUUACGGUAUUAACAAAUCGAUUUUUCCUUAUCCAUUUCUGUUCGUUCAACAAAUAAUCACACAAAUACUUAGCUAAUGCCUAUACUAUACUUAGUGCAAAUGCAUAAAAUCAAAAACCAAUAAGUUUGCCUAUGUUAAAUCAUUUUUAAUGUUGUAAUGUAAAUGAAAGAUGCAAAAACCAGGAAAAAAACAAAAGAAUUAUUUUUAGCAUUCUUCUACGUAAGAUGUUUUACCAAAACGGAAAAAAAAGUAUGCAAGGAACAAGUUAUAUAAGCAAUUGUUUAAAUUCUUUUAAACUAAAUAAAAAGCAAAACCUACUAUUAGAACAACAAAAAUGCAUAAUAAUAAUAUUUCUAGUUUAAUGUUUCGAUUGUUCUCUAUUUUUUUGAAAUUAAUUUAUUGAAAUUUUAAUAAAUCGAAUAAAAAUGAA